AUGGCUGCAAAUCGUCGCAAACAGGACGAUAAAAAUUUAGAAAUUUUGCGGGAACUUAUUUCACUAAAUGGUAACAAGUAUUGUUUAGAUUGUAACCAAAGAGGACCUACAUACGUAAAUACUACGAUCGGUUCUUUUGUGUGUUCAAAAUGUUCGGGAAUGUUGCGCGGUCUUACGCCGCCUCACCGCGUGAAGUCUAUCUCCAUGGCCACAUUCACGCCAGAAGAAUUAGAAUUUAUAAAAGCAAAGGGAAAUGACUACUGUAGGCGUGUUUGGUUAGGACUUUACGAGGGUGAAAGUGUUAAUUUUACGGACGAACAAAGCGUUAAGGAUUUCAUGUCUGACAAGUAUGAAAAGAAGCGUUAUUAUUUGGACGCGCCAGUAAAUACUAACACUUCAAUCAAUGGGAAUUUAACGAGAAACAAACUGAAAGUAAAGGCCGGAAGUAAUGCUGUUCCGACGCCUCUGAUAUCGAUUUUACCGCAAACUUCAAAGAAUACAGUCAAUAAUAAUUCAGCAAUACAAACUGCUAAAGUAGUGAACAAUUUGCUACCUUCUAAUGACAUAAGUCAUAGGAUAGUUCAGCCAGUGAACAACAUAGCGCAACCUCUACUGAAUGCUAUAAAUGCCGCCCCAGUCCCUGCCACUGUGCACACCUCAGUACCUGCUGCAGUACCCGCCCCAGUACCUGAUUUUCCUGUUGACUUUACAACAGCAAAUAUUUAUAACAGUAGUCAGUUCAACAGUAAUGUCAAUAACAAUUUUACAUCUUCUCCGUUGAUGAACACAUCUGCAUUUAAUGCCUUUAGUCCUUCCGCUCCAGCGAAUGAUCGAUAUGCAGCGUUAGCAGAUUUAGAUCUGGCACUUAGACAGCAGAAUAUGAAACACAUGGAGGAAAAUAAUGCUCUAACAAAUAAAAAUCCAUUCCAAAGUCCUGCAACCAAUGAUCUGUUUGCUAAUAAAAACCCUUUUUUCAAUGGAGGAUGGAGUAAUACUACAGCACCAUUACCUGUCAACCCUUUCAUGCAAGCUACAAACAACGGCGGAUUUGUGAACUCGAAUCCAUUCCUUUGA